CGUAAGAAGAAAAGAUGCGCAUAGACUUAAUGAAAUAAUAACUAACAUACCUGAUUCAGAAUAUAAACGGAAACAAGAAAUUGUAUGGAAAAUUGGUAAAACUUUAACGUUAGGACCAUUUACAUGGCAUUAUAUAGCCAGAAGUCUAUGUAGAAUGUUAGAAAUAAAUAGAAAUGAAGAAAUUGAUAUUCCAGAGGCUAAUGAAUUGAUCACUCAAAUUAUAUCCAAAGGUUUUCAAGGCAGUUUUCAAUUCGGUAAAAUUGAUAGUACCGGAACCAUCGGACAGUAUGGAAGACCUCCACCAAAUAGUCAACAAAGUUACUCAUCUCCACCACCUAACACUUAUGGUCAACAACAAGUUUAUGGAGGGGGGCAACAACAACAAUAUCAUCCUCCACCUCAAAAUAGUA